AUGGAAUAUGGGUUUAAACAGGGUAAUAAGGUUGAUUUUGCUGCAAAAAUAGGUAGACUUGAUUUAAUUAAAUUAUUAAUUCAAAUAGGAGAAAAAGGGACAGAAAAAGCAAUUGAUUUUGCUUUAAAAAAUAGUAAACAUAAAGUACUUGAAUAUUUACAUUCGUUAGGAUAUAAAGGUACAGAUUGGGCAAUUGUUACUGCUGUAAAAAAUGGUGACAUUAAAGUACAUAAAUAUCUAUAUUUAUUAAAAUAUAAUGGUACAGAAGAUACAAUUAAUAAUGUUGCAGAAUAUGAAUACAUUAAAGUAGUUAAAUAUUUAGAUUCUAUAAGAUAUACAUGUAUAAAUUUAGUAAUUAAUUCUGCAAUAAUAGAUAACCGUCUUGAUGUACUAAAAUAUUUACAUUCGUUAGGAUAUAGAGGAACAGAAGAUCCAAUUUUUUAUGCAGCAAAUAAUCUUGAAAUAUUAAAAUAUUUACAUUCUAUAGGAUAUAAGAAGUCUAAAUGGAUAUUUAAUGAUGCUGCAGAAAAAGGUCGCCUUGAAGUAAUUAAAUAUUUACAUUCUAUAGGAUAUAUAGGGACAGAACGUACAAUUACUUGUGCUGCUCAAAAUGGUCACCUUGAAGUACUUGACUAUUUACAUUCGUUAGGAUAUAAAGGUACAGAUUGGACAAUUAAUUAUGCUGCAGAAAAAGGUUACCUUGAAGUACUUGAAUAUUUACAUUCGUUAGGAUAUAGAGGAACAGAAAGUAUAAUUGAUUUUGCUGCAAAAAAUGGUCACCUUGAAGUACUAAAAUAUUUAGAUUCGUUAGGAUAUAAAGGUACAGAUUGGGCAAUUAAUUAUGCUGCAGAAAAAGGUCACCUUGAAGUAAUUAAAUAUUUACAUUCUAUAAGAUAUAUAGGAACAGUUUAUGCAAUUAAUCAUGCUGCAGGAAAUGGUCACCUUGAAGUACUAAAAUAUUUAGAUUCGUUAGGAUAUAAAGGUACAUUUUAUGCAAUUUCAACUGCUGCAGAAAAUGGACAUCUUGAAGUACUUGAAUAG